UUAAUUCAUGCGAAUCGUGUUUUUCCAGACAUAAAUGAUAAAAUACAAGAGAAAAAGAUAUUUGUGUGUAAAAGAGAGAAGGAACUACUAAAAAAAUAUAUAAGUGAAUGAAGACAGUGUACAUACUGUGAGUGCAUAAAGAAGUAAAGAGGAUUCAUAUGAACAAUAAUGUGUUCAAAACUAUGAAAACUAUAGAAUGAAAAGAAAUCUGCAAACAUAAUACUUCUAUACGUUCAACUAGACACAAAAAUUUAUGCUUCAAAUCUUUUAUGAGACGCCGUUCAAAGCAGCUACGUGAAGAAAAAUAAUAAUAAUAAUAAAAACUCAUAUCACUGCCUUAUUGCUGAUGAUGUGAGAUGGUGACAAAAAUAAUGGAAGUUUGCAGAUAGGGAGACAAUUGUUUCAGUUUCAGUAUUAAGUACAAGAAAAGCCAGACUUAAGUCAAUUGAUGUGAAGUAGGGAUAUUUCCAUAAUAAAUUGGAAUAGAAGAAAAAAAAAAAUGAAAUGAGAAAAAAAAAUCCACUUUUAGUUCGCUCUAUAUACAAUUCACAUCAAAGAACAUGAAAUAAUAAGUGUAUGGUGAAUAUUGUGUAUACUCACAGUUGAGAUAGAGAGUAUAAAGAGAAACGAAAUAAAGAAAAAUUGGAGCUCUAGUUUAAGAUAAAUGGAAAUGAAGAAAUCAUAAUUGCAAUAGUUGAAGAUUACAAAAAUAUUUAAGCUUUAAAUACACAUCUCGCCAUUCAGUUCAGUUGAUUUCAUAGGGAAAGAGAAUAACAACUUUUUUUUUCAUCACUGAAAGAAGCAAAACGAUUGCUUAAAAAAAUACUAUCGAUAAAAUUCAAAAGGAGAAAGAAGAUUAACGCAUAGGAAGUAUUAUACACAAAAGAAAAAAAAAAAAAAAAACAUCACAAUGAGCCGGAAUCGAUCGCGACUGUUUAAAUCUGUGCUGGUGAUACUAUUCACAUGCUUCAUGCUGGUGAAUGCCGAUAAAGGAUAUUAUAGUAAUGGUGGAAGCAUGAAUGAUGCUGGUGAUAUGGAGGUUCAUAUUUCGAUGCCAUCACAAAAGGUUGGGCAUCCUCGAUGUGAAGAAAUUAAUAUUCCAAUGUGUAGAGGAAUUGGAUAUAACAUGACAAAAUUCCCUAAUGAAAUGAAUCAUGAGACGCAAGAAGAGGCAGGCUUGGAAGUACAUCAAUUUUGGCCACUCGUUGAGAUAAAGUGCUCACCAGACUUAAAGUUUUUCCUGUGCUCGAUGUAUGCGCCAAUUUGUAUUGAGGAUUAUCUCAAACCCUUGCCCGUAUGUCGUUCUGUCUGUGAAAGAGCACGUGAAGGUUGUGAACCGAUUAUGGAGCAAUAUAGUUUUAAAUGGCCCGAACGAAUGAAUUGUGAAAGUCUUCCAAAACAUUCGGUAAAUGACAUUUUGUGCAUGGAACAUCCAAGCUAUUCAGACAAUGAACAGUCAUCAUCAUCAUCGGCGUCAGCAAAUGAUAACUUUAACAGCAAUACAAAUACUAAUAAUAAGAAGAAGCAUCAUGGCUCAUCUUCAUCGUCUACAAAUCAAAAGAAAUGUCCCAAAGGCGACAAAAAAUGUCAGCAAACGAUAGAACCGAAGAAUGAUAGAGAUUGUCAAUGCAAGUGUCGUUAUCCUCUCGUACCACUCGGAAAAGAAAGUAUGUGGUAUAAUACGACCGUUGCAAAAGUUGGAAGUGUCAGUAAUUGCGGUAUACCAUGCAAAGGUGCGUUCUUUUCAUCUGAAGAAAAAGAAUUUGCCAACUACUGGAUUAUUUUAUGGUCUGGUUUUUGUGCAGUCAGUACAUUUAUGACAUUAACGACGUUCCUAAUAGAUCCCGAAAGAUUUAAAUAUCCUGAAAGACCAAUUGUCUUUUUAUCAGCAUGCUACUUUAUGGUAUCUAUGGGAUAUCUAAUGCGAUAUUUUGUCGGACAUGAGAAAAUUGCAUGUGAUGGACGUGCUAUUAAAUACUCAUCAACAGGUCAAAGCUCUUGUACAAUAGUAUUCUUAUUAAUUUAUUAUUUUGGAAUGGCUUCAUCAAUUUGGUGGGUCAUCUUAAGUUUUACGUGGUUCCUUUCCGCUGGCUUGAAAUGGGGAAAUGAGGCAAUUAGCAAGAUUUCACAUUUCUUUCAUCUAGCAGCAUGGCUUAUUCCAACAUUACAAAGUAUUUCUGUACUAGUACAUCCAGCAGUUGAUGGUGAUCCAUUGGCAGGAAUCUGUUAUGUAGGAAAUACAUCGGUGGAGCAUUUGAGAAAUUUUGUUCUUGCACCAUACUUCGUAUAUCUUGUAAUAGGAACAACAUUCCUACUUGCUGGAUUUGUCUCACUUUUUAGAAUAAGAUCAGUGAUUAAGCAACAAGGCGGCAUUGGUGCAGGAUCAAAAGCUGAUAAAUUAGAGAAACUAAUGAUAAGGAUAGGAAUCUUUAGUGUGCUAUAUACGGUGCCAGCUACGAUUGUCAUAGCUUGUCACUUGUACGAAUCGAAUUUCUUUGAAGAUUGGAUGUCAACAUUAGCAUGUCCAUGUAUGCAACAAACUGACGAGUGGAGACGUCAACCAAUUUACUCAAUAUUAAUGCUUAAAUAUUUUAUGACACUCGUGUGUGGUAUCACAUCAGGUAUUUGGAUUUGGUCAGGAAAGACACUCGAUUCAUGGUGCAAACUAUGGAGACGAUUAUGUGGCACAAAACCAGAUCAUUCAGGUGCCGGAACAAGUCUAAUAAAACCACGACCACAAUUACCUCAGCCGUAUGUAGCCACAACAAUUCAAGGAUCAGCGGCAUCUGCUUCACUUCUAACAGCUCCUUAUGCACAAACGAUGGGAAGUAUGGCAUCAAGUCAUCAUCAUUUACACCAUCAUGUACUUAAACAUCCCAUGACUCAUGUAUGACCUCAAAUUUGCGAGGGAGCUCCCGGUUCUACGAUCGAUAAUGGAUCAAUUGUAGACGCAAGAGCUGUCUCUGUUGUUGUAUCAACGGCUAAAAUGUCUACAGUCUCUCACCAAACAGCAGGCGGACAAGCGUUAUCAGAUUAUGGUCCCAUAUAGUUAACGGAAAAUCCUCAGUAUGUUAAAUAUUAUAAGUGUAUACCGCCAGAUGAGUAAGAAAAAAAUUAUAAGAAAAUUAGAAAAUUACACUGCAAUCAAAAAUAAGUUUGUGUAUGUGAGAGAGAAGCAUUCUUAGUCAGCUUAAAUUGAUAUGCUCUCUUUUCUAGUCGAUUCGAUGCUUCGGGAUGUUUUAUAAUGAUAAAAAAAAUGUGUGUAAAUGAGAACCUAUGCCAUGUAAGAAUCUUUUACUAAGUGAUUGAAAAUAAUAAUUUAAUUAAUUUUUAAGUCUGUAGUGUACUUAUUUUAAAUACAUAAUGAAC